AUGCCAAAUCUUCCAAUACUUUUCCAGCACCAAUUCCUGAGUCAGCAGUUUGCCAGCGGCAAGGCGAAAGGAAAGACAGGACUGCUGGAUAUGGCGCACUGUUUGGGUUGGACCGAGUUGAUGCAGGCUGCGGCUGAUGGCGAUGCAGAGCGAGUCGCGCACUUGUUGAGCCAGGGCAGUGCAUCGUCCAACAUCAAUCAGGCUAACGCGUAUGGAGGAACAGCACUCCACUGUGCCUGUCGAUCGGGCUCCACCGACGUUGUGCUACACCUGCUGCGUGCUGGAGCUGCAGUUGAUCCAACCAGUGCAUACCCCUCGCCUCUCAUGGUUGCCGCCAACUACGGGCGUGUGGACGUGGUGCGGGUGCUGCUUGAGCACGGUGCGAAUGCAGAUCGCACCACGGAGGUCGGGUGGACAGCCGCCAUGUUCGCCUGCACGUCGCACCAGCCGCAAGCCCUUGAGGUGCUGCUGCCCGCAAUGCGCCGCGGUGUGAGCAGCACGACAGCGAGUGGAGAUACAGCGGCGACCAUUGCAGCGGCUGCCAACAGCCGGGCGUGCAUGCGCCUGCUGCCCUCAUCACCAGCACACCGCAUCCCUGGCGCAACGAGUGCUCAUGGCGAUCACGGAGACAGUGGCGACGCACGCGUGCGGCGGGAGCUCUCGGUCAUGGAGGCGAUAUUGACCAACGACACGCAGGCGCUCCAGGCUGCGAUUGCACGCGGUGCCAACGUUAACACAGCGGACCACGACGGCACAACACCGCUGAUGCUGGCUGCAAUGCGAAACGACGAGCGGGCCGUACAUGUCUUGCUUAAAGCCGGCGCAGAUGUGGAUGUGCAGUCCCGUGCAAACGGAUGGACGGCCCUGAUGCAAUCCGUGUAUUACGGACACACGCAAAUCACCACUGCCUUGCUGGAAGCAGGCGCAAACACAAUGCUGACCGCAAUGAGCGGUGAGACGGCAGCAGAUGUUGCUGCGUCCGUCGCCAACACGCAUGCCCUGCACCUCAUCCACCGCCACCACCUCGCCCCCAGACAUACCACCACCACCACCACCUCGACCACCUCCCCCUCUUUCGUAUCACGUGCUGCAGGUGACAACAACACCAGCCCACCAACAACGCGAGCACCCUCAACAAAAGAACCAACAACGCCAACAACGGAGGGCCAACAACAACACAACCAGCAGCAGCAGCAGCAGCGACCACGCGCCCAAUCUGCGCGCAAGAGCCAGGAGUCCUUGAAGGGAGGACUGAGGAGGAGUCAGUCCUUCUGUAUUGGCGUGAACGCAUUGCCCGUCAUGGCGAACAAGAACAAGCAGCAACAGAGCAGCCCCUGGUGGCGCCGUCUCUUGCGGCUCCGUGCUCGCCGGACUCUCAAGCCCAUCCCUUCGCCACCAUCGUCGUCGUCACCGCCAAUGUCCUCCCUGAUGCCCGCCGCCACGCGCGACCAUGUGAGCAGUGCAGGCGAUGGCGCGGACGAAACCAUUGCUGCCGUUCCGACAUUCACCGAUCUGUCUGCAUCCCAGCACUCCCCGUUUGACGAAUUCCACCAGGCAACGCCCCCAAACAGCACCGCCCCCUACACCGCUGCAGCACAAGUGGCCCCGCCCACACCAACGCCGGCAACAUCGUCACCAGCACCGCCACACCGUGCUGGCACUGCUGUUCCCCUGAGUCCGUUGCAGUCUGUGCUGCUGGGUGCCGGUCUGCACCGCGUUGUGCGCGUGUGUCAGCGGGAAGAAAUCGACGACGACACACUCGUCGACAUGACGGCUGCAGACUUUGCUGAAUGCGGCCUUGCUGAUGGUGAUGGUGAUGGUGGUGACAAUGGCGAUGGUGGUGAUGGGGAUGACGACACUGUUGGUCGGGCAUUGGCCGUGAUUGUGCAAUGGCAUGAGCAGCAGCAGCAGCAGCAGCAGCAGCAUGAGGAGGUGCAAGAGAGCAUGCAGACCGGGGGUGGUGUUGGACUUGAUCAGAGCCUGCUGGCAUUCUCGCUUCGCUUUCGUGCACGACAUCAGGACGACGAUGACGACGACGACGACAACGACGACGAUGAUGAUGAUGAUGAUGAUGAUGUGAUGGGGUUGGAGAGCUGAUGUGCACAUGUGCACGACAAGUGGUGGUGGCGAGCAGUGCAAUACAACCUGGCCAACAUGCACGAUGGCGACAGAGAUGAAUUGAUCCUCUCUGUGAUCUGUUGUCACGCAACCAUAGCCGUACUUGCCCUCGUUUAAUAUGUAUUCGUGAUGUCAUUGGCUAAUCGACACGUGUGCACACUUGCUUGCUUGCUGGCGUAUGCAAAUCGAAUCGAACUAAACAUAAACAUAUUUGGCCCAGA